AUGAAGACCGUGUCCACCGAAUUAUCCACAGCACCUGCUAGCGCCCCUGAGAUGGAGAUGCUGGACCACCAGGACUUUAUCGACAUGAACCGCGAGAUGCACGAGCACGAUGAAAUGCGCGAGCAGAUCAUCAAGCGCUCACGAGAGAUUCUAAAAGCGAGCAAACAAGUCAUCUUUGCACUGCAUCGCAUGGACAGAGCACGAGCUACGAAGUUGAUGGUGGAUGCAGAAGAGGUGAUCCCGGAGCUGGUGGCGUUGGCAGAACAGCAUCCUUCGCUGCGAGACGGUGCACUAGCAGCUUCAUUGGAAGAGUAUGUCGAGGCCAAGUGUCUCGGGUAUUACCUGGAUCAUCAGCGUCUGCUGCCACGUCGAGAUGUUCCAGUCGUACAGAAGAAUGAGUAUCUUGGCGGGGUGAUUGACUUCACUGGUGAACUGAUGAGACUUGCUGUUGUGAAAGCCACGGUGAGGGAUGUGGAAGAAGUGAAGCGGUGCAAAGCUAUGGUAGAGGCCAUCUCGGGAGAGCUCAUCCAGUUUGACUUUCGAAACGGCCCGCUGCGUCGCAAGUUUGACUCGGUCAAGUACAAUCUGCGCAAACUCGAGAACACGCUGUAUGAGUUGUCGCUGGUCACGAACUCGGGCCUGACUCUGCACGCACACUCGGUGCAAGAAGAACCGAAUGCAGUCACACGCGAAGACUGUGAAUAG